UGAUUAAUCAAUCCGUACUCGCCUUCUAACUCUUCUGCUUCUCGUUCUCUCAAUUCCAAAGGUUUUAGGGUUUCUCUUUUUACCAUCGAUUCAAAAUGAGUUCCACUGCUAACACCAAGGGCGGUCGAGGCAAGCCAAAGACUGCCACCAAAUCUGUUUCAAGAUCCUCAAAGGCCGGACUUCAAUUUCCGGUAGGUAGAAUCGCAAGAUUCCUCAAGGCUGGAAAAUACGCCGAACGCGUUGGUGCCGGUGCUCCCGUCUACCUCUCCGCCGUUCUUGAAUAUCUCGCUGCCGAGGUUUUGGAAUUGGCUGGGAAUGCGGCCAGGGACAACAAGAAGAAUCGAAUUGUUCCAAGGCACAUUCAACUCGCUGUUAGGAACGAUGAAGAACUUAGCAAGCUUUUGGGAACUGUAACCAUUGCCAAUGGAGGUGUUUUGCCUAAUAUUCACCAGACUUUGAUACCUAAGAAAGCUGGAAAGGGAAAAGACGAAAUUGGAUCUGCUUCUCAAGAAUUUUAGGGUUUCUCUGCCUCCUUGUUGACUAGUCUUAGUCUAUUUUGCCCGGAUAUUAUAUGUAAUUUACAAAAUAUUCUUUGUUCUUAAGAAAAUUGAAAGUCUAUUUCUAAUGGUAAAAAUCUUGAUAUA